AUGAUACCAACAGCGUCCUCACCUACAAGUCGGCGGCGUGAACGUACCCGGACUUUUCCCUCACAUCAUGCCGAUCAAGGUCAGAUUCCGGACAGGUCGUCGGUCUAUACGGAACGUUCCAUUGAUACGUUGCCGGAGGAAGAGACCGUAAGGCUCGAAUCGGGAUGUGUGAUCGAUGACGAGACGCGACCAGGCUUGAGUGGAGAGAUCGAUCGGGACAAGCUACAUCUACAAGAGCGAGGUAGAGGAGGUGGGCCAGGAGAGUCGACUAGGACUUCGAAUGAGGUAGCGGCUCUACGAGAGAGCUUGCCGUUUCCAUCAGCUCGGAUAUCAGCGACGGCAACUACCUCCAUCCCGUCCUCUUCAUCCUUGUCAUCCCCUCAGUCUUUUUUUGAUCCGAUUCCUAAAGAAACCACUUACCCCGGCCCGGCUCUUCGACAGCCCCCAGAAAGCCCACGAAGACCGUCAAGACUAUAUCCAAGAUUCAGGGUGAACAGUGCGCAUUCUCUAGGGGCUCUCAGGGUUGGGAGCGACAGUGCAGCUGGCUCUGCGAAUGGGGCAGGGGUUACCGGGACAGGAACUCAAUUCGAUCCCGGUUCAUCCUCAGGCUCAGGUGGAUCGUCCAUCUCGAUCCUUCGUUCCGCUGAUGAAAGAGGUGUCCCAACCGAUCGACCUCGACCGCGACAUCGACGUACCGGUUCCGGGCCUCCGCUCUCUGCACUCAACCGCCCGGGUUCGUUAGUCGGUGCAGGCUUAGGACUAAAGAUAACCACCUCGGACCUUCCCGGAUCUCCCCAACCUUCCGAAUCUUCCCCUGGAUACACCAACUCGUUCACUCAACCUUCGAGUCCUCUUGCUUCUCCGGUCAAGAGGCGGUCUCGAGGAAGCCGCGGGGAGGGAACCGAGCUGGACCCUGAAGAAGGAUUGAGAAGAGGUUUGAGAGCUAUCAAAGCGACGAGGACGGUCAUGGAGGUCUUGGAGAGCGAGGAAAGGUUUCGGGAUGGGCUGAGAGUUGUAAUCGAGGUAUUCUUGGACCCUCUUACGAAAGAAGUGGAAGACGGAACAGAGUUCGUUGCUUUGAGAUACAUCAAGCAAUUGUUCGGCAACAUUCGGGAGAUUGAAGCUUUGAGUGCUCAAACGAUCAGCGCGCUCAAAAAAAGCAUCGGGGACAAACAGAACAUCGAGGACGGAUCUGUGAUAGACCAUGAGACCAGCUUAGAUGAAGGAUCCAGGUUGAGGACCCGGGUGGGACAACUUCAAGGACACCUUCCUCGCGGACGAAUCGGACGAACCGGACAAACGUUGACCAGAAGCUCCUCCGCGCCGGCGUUGUUUCAACCCGAACUCUCGCUCGCUCCCAAGAUCUCCAACGUCUUGCUCUCCCACCUUCCUUACUUAUCUCUCUACUAUCCAUACAUCACGGCCUUUCCCUCGAUCCCUUCGACGCUCAACGAUCUCUGCGUUCAGAACCCCCGUUUCAAGUCGUUCUUGCACGCGCAGGAGCAGGACCCGCGCUGCAAACGCCUUGGCCUGUCUCACUGGCUGUUGACCGUCGUACAGAGAAUCCCAAGAUGGACGAUUCUGAUUGAAAAUCUCAUCAAGGUCACCGACGACCCUCAAGAGAAGCAAGGACUGAUCAGGGCUCAUGCGAUGGCGGAAAAGGUGGCGGAUAACAUCAAUACAAGGUUGAAGGAACAGACGGCCAUGUUAACAUUGGUCAACUUGCAAAGGGCGUUUUCGGGACUCUCGAAGCCGCUGGUAGCUCCCGCUAGAAGGCUUGUCAAGAAAGGUUUACUCAAGCAGACAAGCCUAGGUCCAUCGGAACUCUGGUUGUUCUUGUUCAACGAUAUACUCGUCUGCGCCAAAGCCACCGGAGGGACAUCAAUGACCAUCGGUAUGCUUUCCAACUGGAUCUACACUGCCGAGGGGUCGUUGGCCGCCUUCGCUUCGAGCAUGGCAAGCAUUAUCUCACAUCACAACAACAGCAACAACCAUACCAGCGAGAGUACCGGACGUUCCGGAACGACCUCAAGACCUACCAGCAUUAUUGAGAAUUCUUUCGAAUGUACCGACUGUAUCGACGUCGAGGAUAUGACUGUAUUCGGCCUGGAGACCGACCGCAGCACGGAAAAGCGCGAGAAGACGUUUCAGAUUACGUCUCCGCUGGCCAGUAUGGAACUGUCGGCCGAAAAUCGCGCGGAAAAGGAAUCGUGGCUCAUGUCUCUGAACGAUGCCAAAUACGGCCGUCUAGCCGACCUUCAAACCUUGCAACAGACCGCUACCAUCCGUCAAUCCAAGCGAAAAUCACUACACGCCGUCUCUCGCCGAUCGUCCUCUUCAGCGUUUUCCAACGCACACGAUCCGCAGGGUAUUUUGGAAGAAGGAUUGGUGCUGGCGGUCGAGGCGGACGGGUUCAACUCUCCUCUCGUCGCUAAUAGGUCGGCAGCGACGACCUGUACCAAGUGUCGGUCCGCUUUUACCCUCCUCAAGACGCCUCAUCCGUGUUUACUCGCUUGUGGCAAGCUGUUUUGCUCGGAAUGUCUGACCCGAACCUUUACGAUUAGCGGAGAAGCCACCGGCAAAACCCGUCAAGCUUGCGAUACCUGCUACUUCGCUGUCUUCAAGCCCGCUGGGGAAGGCGGGACCGACCACGACAUUCUCGAUACCCAUGCCAACUUCACGCUCUCUCGUCAAUCUAGGGAGGACCUGAGAACGAGGCGCGAGAAGCAGGAUUCGGUGAUCAGCGUGAUGGGAGGAGGUGGCUCGGGGUAUGGUUCGGGGUCAGCGUUAUCGAGGACGAGUUCUAGAUCGGUCGAUGGUGGGAAUCUCGACGUUGGAGAGGUGGAACCUAGUCUGGCCGUCAAGGUGUUGAGAGAACUUCUGAACCGAUGAACAGCUCGAAACGACGGGAUUUAAGUGUAUCAAAGGUCCGGGAUGUAGCAUUGUAUCAGACGCCACAGGUACAACAUCAUACGAACGCUAGCUCGGGCCAAGCGGACGAGAUGGAAGAACCGACCGGGAGUAUAGCUUCAGGUAGAAGUACUGUAUCAUCUUCGUCGUAACUCAUUACGAUAAAUUGGCAUGGGCUCUAUUUUAGAUAUUUGCCCGCGCGCACCUCGUCGGAGACAUCACCAUAGAUGACAGCGCAAACGUGAUCACGCCGCAUCUUGAUAAUCUCGGAUGAUCAUGCCCCAUUCAACAGUUGAAGACUCUGUGGCUUCAUUGCUGAAUUGCUGUGCGAAUUCAGCACAAUCGUUUCAGCCCGACGGUGCGCUCGUGCAACCUAGAACAUGUUUACUUUGUGUCCGAGUGGUCACG